CCCGGGUAACAGAGAAGCGGCCGCGGCGGUAGAGGCGGCAGAGACGGUUUCUCCAUCUUCCCCCCUCCCCUUCCCCCCCUUAGAGUUUCCCUCCCUCCCUCCCUCCUUCCCAAUCUGGGCACCAAGGCCUGCGAUCGCUUCGCGAACCCAGAGAAGGUUGCCAGUCCGCCCUGGCGGGCCUGUGCCCCGCGCCGUUCUCGGGGCCUCGUUGCUGAGUGAGAGGCUCACGCUGGGAGGGACACGCAAUACCGGGCGGCUGAAAGAGCUUUGCGGUUUUGUAGUGCAACCCUGAGCAUGAGUGCAGAAUGAAGCGACGUUUGGAUGACCAGGAGUCACCGGUGUACGCGGCCCAGCAGCGAAGGAUUCCUGGUAGCACAGAGGCUUUUCCUCACCAGCACCGGGUACUUGCCCCUGCCCCUCCUGUAUAUGAAGCAGUUUCUGAGACCAUGCAGUCAGCAACAGGAAUUCAGUACUCAGUGACACCCAGCUACCAGGUUUCAGCUGUGCCACAAAGCUCUGGCAGUCAUGGGCCCACCAUAGCAGCCGUUCAUAGCAGCCACCACCACCCAACAGCUGUCCAGCCUCAUGGAGGCCAAGUGGUCCAGAGUCAUGCCCAUCCAGCCCCACCAGUUGCACCAGUGCAGGGACAGCAGCAGUUUCAGAGGCUCAAGGUGGAAGAUGCCCUGUCCUAUCUUGACCAGGUGAAGCUGCAGUUUGGUAGUCAGCCCCAGGUCUACAAUGAUUUCCUUGAUAUCAUGAAGGAAUUUAAAUCUCAGAGUAUUGAUACUCCAGGAGUGAUUAGUCGUGUGUCACAGCUAUUUAAAGGCCAUCCUGAUCUAAUCAUGGGCUUCAACACCUUCUUGCCUCCUGGCUACAAAAUUGAGGUGCAAACUAAUGACAUGGUGAAUGUAACAACUCCUGGCCAGGUUCAUCAGAUCCCCACCCAUGGCAUCCAGCCCCAACCUCAGCCACCACCUCAGCAUCCUUCCCAACCUUCAGCCCAAUCAGCCCCAACUCCUGCUCAGCCAGCUCCUCAGCCCACACCUGCCAAAGUCAGCAAGCCUUCCCAGCUACAAGCACAUACUCCAGCCAGUCAGCAGACUCCCCCACUCCCACCAUAUGCAUCCCCACGUUCUCCACCGGUCCAGCCUCACACACCAGUGACAAUCUCAUUGGGAUCGGCCCCACCUUUGCAAAACAAUCAGCCUGUGGAGUUUAAUCAUGCUAUCAACUAUGUUAAUAAGAUCAAGAACAGAUUCCAGGGCCAGCCAGACAUCUACAAAGCAUUCUUAGAGAUUUUGCACACAUAUCAGAAGGAACAGCGAAAUGCCAAGGAAGCUGGAGGGAACUACACUCCAGCUUUGACUGAGCAGGAGGUAUAUGCCCAGGUGGCUCGUCUCUUUAAAAACCAGGAAGAUUUAUUAUCAGAGUUUGGACAGUUCCUGCCAGAUGCCAACAGCUCAGUGCUUUUAAGCAAAACUACUGCUGAGAAGGUAGAUUCUGUGAGAAAUGACCAUGGAGGUACAGUGAAGAAGCCCCAACUGAAUAACAAGCCACAGAGGCCCAGCCAGAAUGGCUGCCAGAUCCGAAGGCACUCUGGAACAGGAACCACUCCUCCAGUGAAGAAGAAACCUAAACUGCUUAGUCUAAAGGAAUCUUCUAUGGCAGAUGCCAGCAAGCAUGGUGUUGGAACUGAGUCAUUAUUUUUUGAUAAGGUCCGAAAGGCUCUGCGAAGUGCAGAGGCCUAUGAAAACUUCCUGCGCUGUCUUGUUAUCUUUAACCAGGAAGUGAUCUCUCGGGCCGAGCUUGUACAGCUAGUCUCUCCUUUUCUGGGGAAAUUCCCUGAAUUGUUUAAUUGGUUUAAAAACUUUCUGGGCUAUAAGGAGUCUGUACAUUUGGAAACCUUUCCAAAGGAACGAGCUACAGAGGGCAUUGCCAUGGAGAUAGAUUAUGCCUCUUGUAAACGGCUGGGCUCCAGUUACAGAGCCCUACCAAAAAGUUACCAGCAGCCUAAGUGUACAGGACGGACUCCUCUCUGUAAAGAGGUUUUAAAUGAUACUUGGGUUUCCUUCCCAUCAUGGUCUGAAGACUCCACCUUUGUUAGUUCCAAGAAGACUCAGUAUGAAGAACAUAUUUAUCGUUGUGAAGAUGAACGAUUUGAGCUUGAUGUAGUUUUAGAGACCAAUCUUGCAACAAUCCGGGUUCUGGAAGCAAUACAGAAAAAACUUUCUCGCUUAUCUGCUGAGGAACAAGCCAAAUUUCGCUUGGAUAACACCCUUGGGGGCACAUCAGAAGUCAUUCAUCGAAAAGCACUCCAGAGGAUAUAUGCUGAUAAAGCAGCUGAUAUCAUCGAUGGUCUGAGGAAGAACCCCUCCAUUGCUGUCCCCAUUGUUCUUAAAAGGUUGAAGAUGAAAGAGGAAGAAUGGCGAGAAGCACAGAGAGGCUUCAACAAGGUGUGGCGAGAGCAAAAUGAAAAGUACUACUUAAAGUCUCUGGACCACCAGGGCAUCAACUUUAAACAGAAUGACACCAAGGUCCUGAGGUCUAAGAGCUUACUCAAUGAGAUCGAGAGUAUCUAUGAUGAGAGGCAAGAGCAGGCUACAGAAGAGAAUGCUGGUGUACCCGUUGGCCCACACCUCUCGCUUGCCUAUGAAGACAAACAGAUACUAGAAGAUGCUGCUGCUCUGAUUAUCCAUCAUGUGAAGAGACAGACAGGCAUUCAGAAGGAGGACAAGUAUAAAAUCAAGCAAAUCAUGCACCAUUUCAUUCCAGAUCUCCUGUUUGCUCAGAGAGGUGAUCUCUCAGAUGUGGAAGAGGAAGAAGAAGAAGAGAUGGAUGUAGAUGAAGCCACAGGAACGGCUAAGAAGCACAAUGGUGUUGGGGGCAGCCCCCCUAAAUCCAAAUUAUUGUUUAGUAACACAGCAGCUCAAAAAUUAAGAGGGAUGGAUGAAGUAUACAACCUCUUCUAUGUUAAUAACAAUUGGUAUAUCUUUAUGCGACUGCAUCAGAUUCUCUGCUUGAGGCUGCUACGGAUUUGUUCCCAAGCUGAACGGCAAAUUGAAGAAGAAAACCGAGAGAGAGAGUGGGAACGGGAGGUUCUAGGCAUAAAGCGAGACAAGAGUGAUAGCCCUGCCAUACAGCUACGUCUCAAAGAACCUAUGGAUGUUGAUGUAGAAGAUUAUUACCCAGCUUUCCUGGACAUGGUGCGGAGCCUGCUUGAUGGCAACAUAGACUCAUCACAGUAUGAAGAUUCACUGAGAGAGAUGUUCACCAUCCAUGCCUACAUUGCCUUUACUAUGGACAAACUAAUCCAGAGCAUCGUCAGACAGCUGCAGCACAUUGUCAGUGAUGAGAUCUGUGUGCAGGUUACCGACCUUUACUUGGCAGAAAACAAUAAUGGGGCCACUGGAGGCCAGCUGAACACACAGACAUCUCGGAGCCUCCUGGAAUCAACGUAUCAGCGGAAGGCCGAGCAGCUUAUGUCAGAUGAGAAUUGCUUUAAGACAGGGUCUCAUUGUUUCCCUGACUGGCCUGUAACACAGAGAUUCACUCUCCUGUCUCUGCCUCCCCAGUGCUGGAAAUUAAAGCUUAUGUUCAUUCAGAGUCAAGGCCAGGUUCAGCUGACUAUUGAGCUUCUAGACACAGAGGAGGAGAACUCAGAUGACCCUGUGGAAGCAGAGCGGUGGUCAGACUAUGUGGAACGAUAUAUGAAUUCUGAUACUACCUCUCCCGAACUUCGAGAACAUCUGGCACAGAAACCAGUAUUUCUCCCAAGGAAUCUGCGGCGGAUCCGGAAGUGUCAGCGUGGUCGAGAACAGCAGGAAAAAGAAGGGAAAGAAGGAAACAGCAAGAAGACCAUGGAGAAUGUGGAUAGCCUGGAUAAGCUAGAGUGUAGAUUCAAGCUGAAUUCAUAUAAGAUGGUGUAUGUGAUCAAGUCAGAAGAUUACAUGUACCGGAGGACCGCUUUACUCAGAGCUCAUCAGUCUCAUGAGCGUGUAAGCAAACGUCUGCAUCAGAGGUUCCAGGCCUGGGUAGAUAAAUGGACCAAGGAACAUGUGCCUCGUGAAAUGGCAGUGGAGACCAGCAAGUGGCUCAUGGGUGAAGGGCUGGAGGGUCUGGUACCCUGCACCACCACUUGUGACACAGAGACCCUGCACUUUGUGAGCAUUAACAAGUAUCGUGUCAAAUAUGGCACAGUAUUCAAAGCCCCUUAACUGCAAAGCCAGAGCAGAUAACUUGUGUGUGUGUGUGCGCGCGCAUGUGCGCGCGCGCGCGUAUACGCGCAUGUGCACUCAACACACACUGAAGACGCAAGGAAGAUGCCUUUCAAGCCACCAGUGCAACCUGGCACCAAGCUGGAUACACAAGGAAUACGGAUACCUUACAAAGCUGGAGCCGGCACUUUUCCCAAGGGUACUAGCCUGCCCAGCAAGGGAAUGAAGUCCAUGCAAGCACAGAGACAGGCAGCUUGCUUGCACACACCAGCAGAGCUAAAACUAGAAUCUCCUCUAUGACCUGACCUUAGAUGAGCAACCAGAUGCUGUUCACCCUUUGACCCUUUGACUGGAUGGAGGUGCAUUUACAAAACAGACUGCGAAGGACUUCAAGAUCAGAUGCAUUGUGACUGAUAAGUCAUUGCUCCUUUUCUCCCACAAAAAGGAAAAAAAGA